CCUUCGUAUUCCAACACGGAACCGACGGCGAGAUACUGGACUGUAUACCGAAGCUGAACGCCUUCAUUUGAGCUUUGGUACCUCAAGAACCAAAUGCAGCUGAGCUUGCAAGAUCCUAACACUGUGAAUGACAUGAUUAUCGCCAUCACCGGUUCUGUUGAGCGACAGAAUUUAUGGUACGGCCCAGUGGUCGCUCUAACAAUCGAAAAAGAUGCGUUUCCGAAGAAGUACACAAACGCACCGUUCUAUUCCUCGAGCAUCUUCAUAAGAUUUUUCCGGAGUUGUACCGGUCCUUGGUUCAUGGGACAUUAAUUAGACCAUUUAUCAUACAGUGGAACCGUAUCGCUAGGUCCAAGAGAGGGAAUCGGCAAUGGCUAG